AUGAAGGCCUUUUCAUUUUCCAUACUCCUCAGUGCCCUUCUCCCACACACCGAUGCUGCAGAGCAGAAGCACAUCGAUGAAGCCUGUAAUGAUGUUUCGGGAAUCAUUGGAUGUAGUAGCACUGUUUUGUAUCCGGACUACCCGAGAGCCCUUUCUGACAGCAGCGGUAAUCAAUAUGGUACAGAAAUUGUGCCUAAAGAUGUCGAUAUCUGCACCGCUGUCUCGGAGGCACUUGGCAGUCCCGAAUUUGUGGAUAACGCCGAAACGUAUUGCUCUUGUCUCUCAAAUGCCAUUUAUUGGGGUACCAGUUCAAAUGCCAAACCAAGCUAUGACGGUCAGAUCAAUGCGCAUCUAACGAGUGGAUACCUUGACGUGAUAUCCAGGGAGGAAACAUGUCUUAUCGACAGUGGCUACAACGUAGUGACGGACAGGGCAUCGGUAGUCAGGAACCAGCUUGCAGCAACAAAUGGGUGGACUAUCCUUCGAGCCCCUGAGAUUGAUGUAGCAACCGUCACCGAAAGCGAUUUCGUCGGGAUGCUCAACAAAUGGGUUUCCUUGUUCGACGCUCUCAAGAAGAAGACAACAGAUGUUCAGACCUAUUCGAAGCAAGUCCAAGCGCGUCUCAAGACUGUUUCCGCCAAAGUCAACUCAGUCAAGGCCAAUGUCUGCAAAAACAAUGCCUGCAAGGGGUCGACGCCAGCCAAUGCGUUCAAGAAGUAUGCAAGCACAAUCACAACAGUCAAGAGCCUGCAAGGCGUUCCUAGUGCUGCAGGGAAGUCACUCGCGAACAUCCCCAAGAUGAAGCAGAUUACACAAAAUGCCAUCAAGUACACCACAACUCCAGCGGAUGAGGCGUACUAUCUGAAGUUGAUGAAUGAAUAUCACAUCAACUCUUUGAGAGACGUCAUCAAGGCCUUUAGAGUGACUCAAUAUUUUCCCCAGGCAGCAGAUGAUCUGAAGAAGCUCACUGGGACUUUCAACCUCAUCAGCAACCAUGCAGGCGCCGCUAAGACUGCUGCCACGUCUAUCAAUCAGAUUCUUUCUGUCAAUUGGGCCAAGAACUCCCAGUUAUCAAAAACGGCAUCUGGUCGCAAAGUCCGUGAUGGUCUUAUCAGCAUCCAGAAGAGCUUUAGGAAUGACCUGAAAGGCCCCCUUGACAAUCUCAUCAAGGCCAACAAAGCAGUGGAAGACAUCCUCGUUCAGCUACCUCUUCGGAAGAAGAGACUUGAGUUUUCGUCUGGUGGUGUCUCUUACAGCCGCUGGAUCGAGGCUAAAAUGCCUGUGCCGUGCAAGAAAGAGAAGACAUAUUCUAGCGUGAGAUUUAUCGAAAAGCCGAAAAAAAAGAACAUCAUGGCCACCAAGAGUAUUGAAGAGAUCCGCUCUCACUCACCCAGCCCUUCGGCUCUGAGUCUGGGCCAAUGCAUCGGCAAUCCUUCUCCACUGGCCAUGGGCACCUUCGCCACUACGCUUCUCACUCUGUCUUUGUCCAUGAUGGGCUUCCGUGGAGUCGAGACCCAGACAAUCUUCAUUGGCAACCUUUGCUUCGCCGCUGGCCUUUGCAUGUUUGUCUCUGCUCAGUGGGAGAUGGCCCGUGGUAACACCUUCGGCUACUCUGCGUUGAGCGCCUAUGCUGUUUUCUAUGGUGGUUACGGCGUCAUACUGUGCCCAUCACUUGGUGUCCUUGACUCUUAUGGAGGACCGACACCCGAGUAUCACAACGCGUUGGGAUUCUACGUUCUGAUUUGGGCGGCCUUGACGCUGUUUUUCAUGCUUGGAUCAGCUCCUAUUAAUCUGGUCUCCUUUGGCAUCUUUACCACUAUCUUCUUCUGUUUCACCCUUGACGCGGCCUCCAACUUCGCCCACGCCGAUGGAAAAGUCGAGGUUGCAAAGAGCCUCAUGAAGGCUGCCGGUGUCUUUGGAUUUAUUUCCGGUCUCUUGGGAUAUUAUAGCUGUGCGGCCGCUAUGUGCGCCGAUGCACUUCCAUUUGAGCUGCCUUGCGGGGACACUUCAAGAUUCUUCAAGAAGACUCGCAAACAACUGUAG